AUGUUUGGCCGCUUCGAUUCAGGAUACAAACCGACGACGUUAAAGUCCCCUGACGGCGUCAUACAUCUCGAAUAUCAUCCUAACCGAGUCCCGCCUAAGCCUCGAGGCGAAGGUUAUUGGACACGCUUCGUCUGUGUCAGUGACACCCAUUCGCGUUCAUUCAGCGUUCCGGACGGAGAUGUGCUUUUGCAUGCGGGAGAUCUGACGAACACGGGCACGGUGUCGGACUUUGAGAAGACAGUGAACUGGCUGGCGGAGCUACCGCACAAGAUCAAGAUAAUUAUUGCCGGGAACCACGAUCUGACUUUGCACAAAAUCUGGUAUGACCAGAACUUCGACAGAUGGCAUCGUCUUCUCGGGAAGCAGAACCUCAAACCGAUCAUGCUCUUGCUUAAAGGUUCAAAGGCGGUGAAAGGAGGCAUCGUGUACCUACAGGAUGAGGAGUUCAAGUUCAGAACCCGGGAAGGCGGGAAGGAAUGGAGUGUGUAUGGCUCGCCGUGGUCUCCCGAAUUCCUGAACUGGGCGUUCAACUACCCGCGUGAGGAAGGAGAAGAGCUUGUUCGUAAAUUCCCAAAGACCGAUAUUCUGCUGACACACGGACCUGCCCAUCAAAUAUUCGACCGCGUCCACAAUGGACCCGACACCGGGUGCGAGGCUCUGCGUGCCCGCCUCCCUGACCUCCGCCCACGCCUGCACGUUGUGGGGCACAUCCACGAGGCACGAGGCGCCUGUAUACACUAUUGGCCGGAAGGCGAGGACAAAGGCGAGGCACCAAUCGUACAAAACGAUGCGCCUUUGGAGGCACUUGUUACGGGCCUCGCCGAGAGCGAGAGCCUUGAGGACGCCGGGAGGCAGGGGUCGACGGCUUUCGUGAACGCCGCGAAUUGGCCUAUGGGCGACAAGGCUAUGCGCAAUGGGGUUAGAACACCUUUUGGGGGUGCCGGGUUCCAACCUAUAAUCGUUGACCUGAAAGAGUAA